GCAUACUUGCAAAAUAAUCGUUUAGUGUCUGAUUUAGCUGAAUCAAGUCAAAUUAUGAAACACGUUGAAAUGUAUGUUUGUCUCUUUAACUUGCUUGGGAUCUCAGUUGUUGUAACUUACGAUAUAUCUAAAGUAUCAGCUGAUUACGUAUUCAAGUUGUCUGAUAAUGAGAAAACGCUUGUUAAAAAUAGAUUUAAAGAUGAUGACAUUUCUACUUCUUCCGCACAACCGCACUUUCUGAAAGAUCUGACCACUGUGAUGAUUGACUCUAAUAUGGUCAGUAAGACAGCCUUAAGUCGAAGUACACAGCUGCUUAGCCACAGUGGUCUAAAGCAACAGACUCAAUUCUUUAUGACAACUUCUGCUGGUCUGUUACAAAAUCGCAGAAGACCAAUGCUGGAAUCAUUGUUAUUGAACAAUACAGGAGUGUCGAGUUCUAGAGUUUCAAUACAACUGUCGAAGAGUCGAGAUGUUUCUCGAACGAGUCCCAGUGAGUCGAUUUCAGUUUCAAAUCCAGUAAUUGCUUCAACAUCAGAACUUCCAACAUCCGUUCUAAAGACUCGUGAGCAACCAAAUCAAAUCGUCCCAUUAUCAAAUUUAUUCACUAAUAACAAUACACCGUUCCCAAGUCUUCCUACACGGUUGACAAGUUCUACAGAGGAUAUUACCCGGAUUUGGAAGGACAUGAAUAAAGAAGUCCGCCAUCUUGUGAACUCUUUGAUGAAAGAGAACCUACCGACUCUAAUACGAUACAGUUAUGAGAGUCAGAUUUCUAGUUCAUGUAACAGUGCUCUUCUCCGAUUACUGUUUGCUCUCAGACGACUAGAACCAUGGGCCAUGGAAUUAAUUGAUGCUUCUGGAAAACUACCUGAUGGUGUUAUGAGAGGAACGUUGGCCGCUUUUGGGAGCUACGACAAUUGUUUAGAGAUAAAGGAGACCAUCUCACUUGAAAGAAAAUCGGACAUUAUAACAGGAAAGUACUGUACAGUAAAAAUACGUCCACCACUUCCGAAAAAACCUAAAGUUAUCAAAAAUGGAGACAUUAUAAUUGAUCCGGGUAUUUUUUCUGAAAAGUCGGUUACAAACAUACUUGCCUCUCGUUCCUUCUUCUUUUACUUCGUCUGGUAUCGAGUUGGUAUGUGUGUACCGUCUGCCUGUUCGCGCGAAGACGUCGAAGGAUUGGUAAAAUCAGCGCUAAAAAAGAGCCAUCUAGUGGUAGAAGUUCCAAAUUGCGAGAUGAAGGUUGCUGAACCCAUAACAACUACACAAAUUACCAUUAUUUCUUUACUCUCAGUAGUGGUUAUUCUGGUGGUUACUGGUACUUCGGUUGAUAUUUCAUCUUGUUGGAUAACAGAUUCAGGAAAACAGCCUAAAAGAGGUUUCGCUACAAAAGCCUUGCUGUGUUUCUCUUUGGUCAAAAAUUGGAACAAACUGAUGGACACAAGAGCUAACCAGCAGAUGGAAACACUGAACGGAAUGAAGAUGUUUAGCAUGUUGUGGGUCAUCCUGGGUCAUACUUAUUAUUUCGUAGAACUAUUUUCCGCACGGGAUAUUUACAAAUCUUUCUUCUCUAUGAACAACGUGCCAUUCCAGAUUAUUUUGAACGCCUGGCUUGCAGUGGACACGUUCUUUUUCCUUGGAGGCUUGGUCAUGACAUAUGGAGUCCUAAAAAAGAUGAAAAAAUCUGGAGGACAGUUGAACUUACUUAUUGAAAUAUUGCACCGUUAUUUAAGGCUGACACCCACAAUUUUGUUUGUUUUGGGUAUUUUAUUCCUCGAACCUUUGGCUGCUUCUGGGCCCUUCUGGAAGGAAAAGAUAAUGAAAGAAGUUACAAAUUGUCAAUUGAAUUGGUGGAGAAUCUUGGUUUAUGUAAUCAACUGGACAGACUACAAAGAUAUGUGUUUACCACAUUUAUGGUACCUCAGUGUUGAUAUGCAACUGUUCAUACCAAUGUUAGUGGUAGCAUGGCUUUUAUACAAGUGGCCAAAGAUGGGACUGCUGUUAACAUGCAUAAUAAUUGUAGGAUCGGCAACAGCUGUUGGAAUUAUAACUUAUCUUGAGGACUUUUAUCCCACCAUAGUUUUGUUGUCACCUGAUCAAGAGUUUUCUAAAAAAAUCGCAACAUACAUCUAUUUGAGACCGUACACACAUCUUGGACCAUAUGCAGUGGGUGUUAUUGUUGGUUACAUGUUAGUAAAUCACGGGAAUGUAGUUCUUCCCAGGUUUGCCAAGUUGAUUGGGUGGAUGCUUAGUGUUAGCUUUAACCUGGCGGUGCUAUUGCUAACGUACCCUUGGAAUAACGGAACUGUCCCUGGUGUCUCAGUUUCAGUUGCGUAUGCUUCGAUCCAUAGAAUUAUUUGGGCAACUGGACUUGGAUGGACAAGUUUUAUGUCCGUAGUUGAUCAAGCAAAUCCAGUAAAGAUGAUACUCUCGUGGAAAGGGUUUGUACCAAUCAGUCGCCUCAGCUACUCUCUUUAUGUGGUUCACCUGUUGGUGAUCUGGUUGCGAGUGUGGACCUUCAGAGAACGGGUGGUUUUCCACCACUAUGACCUGUUGUACCAGUUUUUUGGCCACCUAGUGGUCAGCAUUGGAGCGGCUUGCGUGUGCUACCUACUUGUGGAAGCGCCAUUUGCCAGUCUAGAAUGUUUUCUACUUUCUCGAUGGCAGAGCAGGGUCACAGAAAAACCUAAGUGUGGCCAGAUGAUGAAUGAACCAUCACUUAAGGUUUUACAAGAGACAGUUGUCGAAGAUGAAACCGUUUCGACAAAGAGGAACAUUGUAGUUAACAAUGGAAAUAUCCAGAGCUCUUGUGGAACAUAUAACAACGGUCAAGCCAGCAGUCAAAAUGAAGGAUAUGACAAUUACAGUUUCACAAGUCGGCUUUAGUUUCAAUACAAAAUAUAAGUAGUUCCAGCUUUUCUUUAUAUGGUAGCGAAUUCAAAGCACUAGGAUAAUAUGUCAAACUUCAAUUUAAAAAAGUUAAAUCAUUUGGUGUUUGUUUAAUCAUUGAUAGGUCCUUUGUAACAAAACAGGGUUUUAAAUAUUACAUAUAAAAGCCAUUAACGAUUAUAAAUCCUCUGUAUUGUAAACAUUGUACUUCUGUCUGCAGAAUUACAU